AUGAAAGGUCAACUGAUGUUACAAAGGAUGGAAUGCCAAAAGGAAAUUUGUGGAGAAACCAAUUUUCCGUCUUCUACAAGGAAUACUUGUAUCAAUGAAUACAAGAAUGAAUCGUGUUCAGCACAGAUAUCAUUGCAAAGCACACAGCAUCAGAAUCAACCUCAUGGAUCCGGGGACGCCUUUCACCAGGCGGCUGGAUUGAGCAACCCAGGUCCGGUUCUGAGGAACGAUGAAAAGAUGGCCAGGGAAGCACCUCUUUUAUCAAGAGAAGAACUGAGUGAAGAAGCUCAGGAGCUGAUUGAUAAGAUUAAUGAGAAAAGGAAGAGAGAUACCAACAUCCUAGAGGACUUUCGCAAAGCUCUUCAAGAAAAGGUGGCGGUGACAUGCAGCGCAGUCGAAGAGCGAAUGUACAGAGUUUAUGAAAAGAGUGGAAAGAACAUGCAGCCCAAACUCCAAGAAUUCUUCGCGACGUUAGACAGAGUAGCAGCUAUUGAGGAGGAACUGACUCAUUUCAAAGAAGCACUCGGUGUCCUUUAUACAGAUAUUCAAUCUAAACCUUGAAUUACAAACCAUAAUGUUUUAUGUUUCCGAAUUCAGGUAAACUUGCUAAAGAGAACCUACCAUAUUUCAAAUAUUCACCCGAGUCGAAGCAAUUUUCUUCGACCAGUUUAGCCGAAACUUUUGUUUAAUACCUCUUCCAAUUCCAAUUUCUCUUAAUUCGAGCACAUUAAUUUGUCCCUAAAAAUUUGACUUGGGCAAAUUUACCUGUAGGCCUAUAUAAACCUAACAAUUCACCUCUGUGUGUAAAUAUGUACAGUCAUCAUUUUCAAUUUAAUUUCUUUCAGUUUGACUAAAUGUUUUACAUUUUGUAAAGAUAAGGUCCUGCUCAGAUAUUUUCUAAUAUCCCAUAUUAAGGGAAAAUAUGAUGAAAGACUCUGAACCUGAAAAUGUUUUAUUUUUCUGAAAUUGGAGACAUCAGCUUUAUAAUUUUUUUUAGAUGAUACUAGUAUUGCCAGCCUUUGGUGAAAGAGGCCGAUAUAGAAAUCACAGCAUGUAUACUCAUCAUCUAAAUCAAAGAAGUGCACCGCAACUAUUCAUACAUGUAUAGCACUGUAUUUGGUGAUAGACAAACAUGCCGAAAAAGGUGCGACAUGGGUAUAAGGGACAAGACUUUCUGAUUAUUAGAAAUUUGCAGCCUCCAACCGGAUCUUUUGUUCUUUAAGAUGUAUCCAGGUUUUUCCUUGCACAAUGCACUCUCCUUUUAAUAUAAAAUAGAGAUCUUCAAAAUGACACAAAUCUUUCAUGACAUAUUGCAAACUUAAUUCCAGUUUAGCUUUUUGGAGCUGCAAGAUGAAUUAUCUCAUUAAGUAUCAAGAAGCAGACACUUCUUUAAAUGAUGGUUUAUAUAAUCUCCAAACUGACCUCAUAUAUUUUUCGGAUACAAAUUUUUGAGGAAGUGAAAUUUCAACCAGUUAAAGCUAUCGUUCUUAAAAAACAAAUAAAAACAAUGCCAAAUUUCAAAUAGCAAACUAUUCUCUUUCUUAGUGUUAAGGGUAUUUGGAAAUAAAAUAAAGAGAAUAUACAUGCCCUUUUUUCACAUUCAAUUCGUACAAGAUAUGAUUUUAAACAUAAGAGAUGGCAGCCAUCAAUAUUGUUUUUGGUACUGUUCCUUUACAAUUUUGGUAUGCACAUGAUCUAACAAGCAGUAGUCUCCUCAAAUAUUCUAUUUCUACUUGGGCUUAAC